AUGCACCCCGUGCUCACCUGCGGGACUGAGGCGGGCACCCGGGCCCGCCCUGCUCACCCGGCGCCCGGUCGCGGGCCGGCCCGGCCGUCCACCUGCUGGUGCCCGGGGAGGGCCGGUCCCGGGCAGAGGUGUAGCCGGACGCGGCAGCGGCGGGCCCAGCUCAUUGGCCAAGUCUCAGGCCCACCCCCUCCCCAGGGCCGCCGCCGCCGCUUCUCCCUCUCACGGGCUCUGCAGGCCGCCAUUAUCGGGCAGCUCGCGCCUCCGCCGCCGCGGCCUCCCCGCGAGCCGGACGCAGCGCGGUCCCCAUUGGGCGCGCGCCCCGCGCUCCCGGCCACCUCCGCGCUCCCCGCUCCCCUCGCUUCCAGGAGCCGGGAGCCGGGAAGGUGUGCGCGCUCCGGCACGCACCACUCCGGUCCCUCCACGCAGGGGAGGCCGGGCCCGGGAGCGAGGAGGCCACCCCACGCUGGGGACUCGGUCGGCUGCGGCCGCAGCGGGCGAGCACGGCCCGGGCCCCGGGCUGGUCCUCAGAAGCGGGUCUGGGCGCGGGGCGCACGCGCUCGGCGCGGCCACCCCUCUCCCUUUCGCCCCCCUGCCGACCUACCCAGCGGCGGGCAGGUGUGCGAGGGUCGCUGGGGUCGGACGCCCGGUGCAUCUUCCUUGGUGCGGGCCGAGGGUGCGUGCGGGAAGCGGAGCGCCUCGGCGGGCCCGCGGGGAGGCGCGGCCCGAACUGGGAGGCCUGGCGUCGGCCCCGCCGGGAGAGAGGCGGCCCCUUUUGUCAGAGUCUCCGAGCCAUGUCUGCGGGCGGUGCAGUUGCCGAGGCGGCCGCGGCGCCGGGCUGGGUGCGCUCAUCUGGGAAGACGCCGUCCCCUGCCCCGCCGGCGCGGUGGUAUCUCCCUUAAAGCAGCCGGCGCCUCAUUGUUCCGGGACCGCGGCCGCCGGGAGUCGGGGGCGCCCAGCCCAGCGCGUGGAGAAAGGGACGGUGGCGCCCGCACCUGGCCGCUGUCACCCGCGCGUGUCCUGCUUGACGGCCGCAGCCGCGAGCUCGUGGAGAGUCCAGACCCAGCGGGCGCGGGGCGGGAGGCGGCGGGCGGAGCCGGCGGGGCCGGGAUUGGCGGAGAACGCAGCGGCGCCCUCGGGCCGGCGGUCAGCCCAGUCGUUGGGCCAGCGACAGCCGGCGGUCAGCUCUCAGCGCGCGCUCGCCUGGCCAGCGCGGGGCUGUCAGUUCCUCGGGGACCAGAACCGUCCGUCAUUCAGUCAGUUACCGAGAUGAUAAGAAUGGAAUCAUGAAAGAGAAGAAACUGGUCAAGAAAGGGAAGGUGGACAGCCACCAUGCUAUGAGGAUGCUCAAGCAGCUCUGGGGAGAGGUAUGUGUGCUGAGGAACUGACGCCUCCCACCAACUGCCCACCAUGUGAGUGAGCCACCUUGGAAGUGAAGCCUUGAGACGAACUGCCUGCUGCCCCAGGCAACAUCUUCACUACAGCCUCCUUGGAGAUACUGAACUGAGAAACCCACAGAAAUGGGGUGAGAUCAUAAAUGUUUAUUAUUGUUUUAAGCUGCUAAGUUUUGGGGAAAUCUAUUAUGCAGCAAUAGCUAAUACAC